CUUCUGCAUAGUGUGAACUUUAAGAAUAAGUGGGAAAUUGUAAUAUGCAACACACAUUUGACACAUUUAUCUGCUCAAAUAUAUAUAUAUAUAUAAUCUUAUUGAAUCAAAUUAGCCACUUGGGCAUAACUUAUAAACACGAGUAAACUAAUCUAAUUUUUGGGUGAAUUAUGUCAGCAUAUUAUACAGAUUAUGUUUAGUAAUCAUAAUUUUCAGUCAAGUGAUCAUGACUUACACAAAGUCAGUGAGUUACACCCUUCAUUUGAAAAACCUGUUAGCAUUAAUACAGGUAAUUAUUAUACAAAUUUAAAUUGUAAUGAAACUAUCUAUAAUCUCAGUAAUGCGUCAUUUAAUACAACAUCAGAUGGAAGUGAUUUCAGCAUAUUUAAAUAUCACAAGCGAAAUUAUCAAGAAGAAACUCAUUGUCUUUUAUCUACCAAAGAAGACAUCGGAUUUCCAUCUUCGAUUUCUCAAGAUGUUGAAAUACUUUCCAGCAAUAUACCGCUGAAUAAGUUGUCGAGGAGAACUGAAGAUAUAACAGUCCCAAACAUUAUGAAAGAACUAGUUCAUGGCAAUUGUGGUGGUCAGAUAAAAAACGAUGAUGAUAUGUGGAAAAUACAGAAAAUGAAUAAUAUUUCGGUUUCACUUGAGAAUGCAUCUCUGUGGGCGAAAUUUGAUCAAAUAGGUACUGAGAUGAUUGUGACUAAAUGUGGACGGAGGAUGUUUCCAAAUUUUCAUGUUCGUCUCUCUGGACUACAUCCUGAAGCUCUGUAUUUGCUUGCAUUGGAAUUCAUACCUUGUGAUGAAAAGCGUUAUCGAUAUUCAUUUCGUACUUCAAGUUGGGAACAUGCAGGCAAAAGUGACCCUCAGAUUACACCUCGAGUACAUUUACAUCCAGAUGGAAUAGCAAGUGGAAAGUAUUGGAUGCGACAAGCGAUUCUAUUUGAUAAACUAAAAUUAACUAAUAAUCCAUUUGAUCAAAAUGGUCAUAUUAUAUUGAAUUCUAUGCAUAAAUAUCAAACUAGACUGAAUGUUAUUUAUGCAAAUGACAUGGAUGAUGUUGUGAAAAAGAAUGAUACAGAAAUCGGCGUGUUUUUAACUAAAUCUCCUAGAUGUAUUAAAAAAACAUUUACGUUUCCGGAGACAAGUUUUUUUGCUGUAACAGCCUAUCAAAAUAAUAAGGUGACACGACUAAAAAUUUCCAGUAAUCCAUUCGCCAAAGGAUUCCGAGACUGUGAUUCUGAGCACUGUCGUUUGGAAAAACAAUACUCAGUUGGGAGUGAAGAAGUAAAGGAUGAAAUUUAUGGUGAAAGGGCACCUAAUGCAGCAUUCAAGAAAGUGGAUGUUAAAGCUUAUUUGGAAAACAAAGUACAUUUAUUAAAUUUAGCAUUAAAAAGUGAUAAGAAGAUACGAAAGAAAUUGGUGUGUGGAACCAAUGCAGGUGAAAAUAAGAGAAACAGGAAGCUUUUUCACGCCGACAGUCUUUUCUGCUCGUUUGUCCCUGGUGAGAACUCAAUUAAUUCACAAUCACAUUCUCCUACUGCAUUAAACACAUUACCAGUAAAUCCUCAACAAGCACUUGACAAUUUGUAUAGUUUACGAUCAUACCCUGACUUUAUAUAUACUCAUAAACCUUUGGAUACUCACUCGAAUGAGUGUAUAGGAGUAAAAUCACUUUUAUCUGCAAUAAUGAAUAAAUCGGAGGCCACAUUAAGCAACAUGAACGAAAUUACUGCUCCAUCCCAUGCCAAGUUAGAAAAUGAAUUUUGUCAUUUUCAUUCGAACAUUGGUAAUGCUUCUUUACAUUUAUUGCCUGGUGUUUCACAAACAAAUAGUGAAUAUUACUGUGAAGAUAACAAUCAAAGAACUAAAAUUUUUGAAUCAUUUGAUUCAUCUUCAAACAUUUAUUAUUGGUGUGAUUCAGAAACCAACACUGCUACUAAUAUUAGUACAGAUCAAACAGAAACAUCUUUUGUGCCGUCUGAACACCAAGGCUUGUCUUACAAUGUAUCCUGGCAACCUGAUACUCAUGAAGAUGCUAAUAAUGUUAUCGAUUUGGGAUGGAUUACUGAUAAUUGUACUCGUCACGUUGUUAAUGUCGAUGAUACUAACUUCAGUUAUCCGCCGUAAGAUACAGAAAACUUCUAUAUAUAUAUAUAUAUAAAUGUAUGCCAACAAUUGUUUUAGUUGUAUUAAUUGCAUUAAACUAACUGUUAUCAUUUAUGCAGUAAAUUCACUAGAUUAAUUCAGAAAAUGUUUCCGAAAUAUAACGUUAUGCAAGCAAACAACCCCGCAUGUAUGUGAGCAUAUUUUUUCUUUUGUAACUCAGUUUACCUAUUCUCU